AGAAGUUGACAGUGUUCAGAUUGGGCGAGCAUACAAUGAGUUGUUCUUUAAAUAAAAGUCAGCUAUAACACAACUUUCAAUUGCCUUGAUUUUCACCUGUCAAGCACAGAAAAUAAUAUACAAGAACAGCAGACUGGAGAGGCUUGUACACUCAAAGGACUCUUGAAAAAGCAAUUUUGUUCAAGGGAGAGCAGUGUCCCCUACAGUGCAUUCAUGAGUAUUGCAACUAGUAAAUGUACACACCUAACAUUAACUUAAGUGAUACAUGCUUCUCUCUCUUUUCCCAAAUUAUCUUUUAUGAAGGCCGCAACUUCCAGGGCCGCCACUGGGAGUGCAGCAGUGACUGCAUGGACACCUACAGGCAUUUCAACUGCUGCAACUCCAUCCGUGUCAGCGGCGGUCACUGGGUGGCCUAUGAAAAGCCUCACUACAUGGGUUACCAGUACAUCCUUGGCCCUGGCGAGUACUCUGACUACCACACCUGGAUGGGCUUCAACAACUGCAUCCGCUCCUGCCAGAUGUUCGCCCCUUAUAGAGGAUCCUACAAGAUGAGGAUCUACAACAGGCCUGACAUGAUGGGACAGAUGAUGGAAUUCAUGGAUGACUGCCCUAACGUGUAUGAGCGUUUCCACUACCGUGACAUUUACUCCUGUAACAUCAUGGAGGGUUUCUGGAUCUUCUACGAGCACCCUAACUACAGGGGACGCCAGUAUUUCCUGCGCCCUGGAGAGUACAGGGCCUGUGGUGACUGGGGCUGCCACAACCCCAUGGUGGGCUCAUUCAGGAGGAUGAGGACUCUCAUGUAA